AUGCCGUGCGAGAUCUCUCAGUUACCGGCUGAGAUGAAGCUGGCUGUGCCCGCGCAGCUCGAUCGCCAAAGCCUGAUCGACAUGUGCGAGGUCAGCGACGACUGGUUGACUUUACAUCUGCCGCUCCUCCUGUCGAAGUCCAGGGCAGACGCAGGCAACAAGUCGCUGAGAGGAUUCACGAGGUUUAGGGAGGAAGAGACACUUCCCGUCGCCGUUCAGGAGUAUGCCGCUGUCAUGAUAACUAACAUUAUCAUUGUGACCAAGGCCGGCGCCACUUAA